AUGGCGUCCUGUGUUUCAGCGACAGAUGACGUGCAGAAAAGCGCAGCGCGGCCAGGUGGGUGGAAGACAUGGAGGAGUGUAACCCUCGUCCCAUCUCUAUACACAACUUCAGCGACAAGCUCUGUGACAGAGCGGUGCAUUUCCAUGUGAUGAGCCUGCAGGACUGCUUCCUAGUGUGGGUCGGCUUCUCUCCCAGCCUGAGCAACCUGGCGAUGGCCAUGUGCAGCAGAUAUGACACGGUACCAUUGUCUACUUUGAUACUUGGAGACAAGUCUGAUCCUACUUCAAGUUCUUUUGCACAGAGGUUGGCAAUGAAGACUAAAAAGCAAGUGUUUGUUAGCAUCAGCAUUCCAACAACUGACAGCCAGCUAUUGUUGCUGAUCGAGAAACGAAUCAAGCAGGAAAUGGAGACCUUUCCUGAAAAGUUUUAAAGGACAGAAUGUUACACUGACCAGGUACCUAACCCUGCCUGUGCAGAUCUACAGCGCCAUCACGGUCAUUGGAAGUCAAUGAGGAGCAGCAGAGAGUGCUGGGAAAAGAAGCCAGUAGAAGCUGAUUACGUACCAAAGACCAAAUGCAUAACAUUAGCCCCUAUUACCAGAUUUAAAUGUAUUAGGGGAUUCAAGGGAUAAAGCUCACAUUUUCAAAUAAGAUUAUUUUGAAACUUGAUCUCAUUCUUUAUGCAAAAAAAAAUGCCACUUAAAUAGAAGGACUUAUUUUGUAUUUUAUCCUAAAACACAGAAUUAAAACUUUUACUGUUAUCCAGUGA